UCGAGUGACACGUUACAAUGGAGAUGCCCAACUUGGAUCUCUACUACAUGCCUAGCCCUGGAGCCAGUCGUGCUGUUGUCAUGACAGCUAAGGCUGUGGGUGUGCAACUGCACAAGAAGGUUGUCAAUGUCAUGGCGAAGGAACAGUUGAAUCCGGAAUUCUUGAAAAUAAACCCACAGCACACUAUACCCACCCUCGUUGACGACGGACUCGCCAUUUGGGAGUCGCGUGCCAUCCUCAUUUAUCUGGUAGAGCAGUAUGGCAAAGACGAUUCGCUCUACCCUAAGGAUCCUCAAAAGCAGGCUUUGGUCAACCAGCUUCUCCAAUUCGAUUUGGCCACACUGUACGACGCCUUUGCCAGCUACUACUACAAAAUUCUCCACACUGGCAAGAUCGGGCCCCCUGAGGCGCUGAAGAAGGUCGAAACUGGAUUUGAGCUGCUCAACACCUUCCUGGAGGGUCAGGACUAUGUGGCUGGCAGCCAGCUGACCAUUGCUGAUAUUUCCAUUCUGGCCACCAUCUCCACGAUCGAAGUGGUUGACUUCGACUUGAAGAAGUAUCCGAAUGUGGCCAGGUGGUACGCAAAUGCCAAGAAGGUGACCCCCGGCUGGGAGGAGACCCUGCCAGACCUCCUCGCGAUGAAACCCUUCUUUCAGCCAAAGGAGGACUAAGAGCUUAUAUAUUUGUUAGUUGUCAAAUGAGUAAUAGCAAUAUAUUUUAUAAAUAAAUUAAUUGAAAUUAUGUUGCCAAUCUUGAGCUAAACUCUUA